UCGCGAGCAGCAGACCCGCCCGCCGCCUCCGGUGCAUGGGGCCCGGCUGAGCAGCCAGCAUGGGCAACUGCGUGGGGAGACAGCGCCGGGAGAGGCCGGCCGCCCCGGGACACCCCCGCAAGCGCGCAGGACGCAACGAGCCCUUGAAGAAGGAGCGGCUGAAGUGGAAGAGCGACUACCCCAUGACUGAUGGGCAGCUGCGGAGCAAACGGGAUGAGUUCUGGGACACAGCACCUGCCUUUGAGGGCCGCAAGGAGAUCUGGGAUGCCCUCAAGGCCGCUGCGUAUGCGGCCGAGGCUAAUGACCAUGAACUGGCUCAGGCCAUCCUGGAUGGAGCCAGCAUCACCCUGCCUCAUGGCACCCUCUGUGAAUGCUAUGAUGAGCUGGGGAAUCGCUACCAGCUGCCCAUCUACUGCCUGUCGCCCCCUGUGAACCUGCUGCUGGAGCACACCGAGGAGGAGAGCCUGGAGCCCCCCGAGCCUACGCCCAGUGUGCGCCGCGAGUUCCCGCUGAAGGUGCGCCUCUCCACAGGCAAGGACGUGAGGCUCAGUGCCAGCCUGCCUGACACAGUGGGGCAGCUCAAGAGGCAGCUGCACACCCAGGAGGGCAUCGAGCCAUCCUGGCAGCGAUGGUUCUUCUCUGGGAAGCUGCUCACAGACCGCACACGGCUCCAGGAAACGAAGAUCCAGAAAGAUUUUGUCAUCCAGGUCAUCAUCAAUCAGCCCCCGCCACCCCAGGACUGAAGAGCCCAUGGACCCCUGGGAAGAGAGGCCAGGGAGGGGCUCUGCAGGGCUGAGAGACCUCCUGGCCAGAGCACUAACCCCCACCCUGCUGCUGCCUUCGAGUGCUGUUUUUUUCUUCAGGGGCACUUCCCUGCUAUAUGGCUGCUGGAGAGCCGUGAAGGGACCUGCCUCCCAGGGGCACCGUGGGCCAGUGGUGCCCAGCACCCAGGACGCAGUGCUGCCACACACAGGCCUUGCCAACCUUGUCAGAGAAAAGGCGAACUAGGGCCUUCCACCCUGCCUUGCCAUGGCAGGUUCGAGCCAUGAGGGCCAGCCCGGAGGCCCCUGGAGCCCAGAUCUGUCAUCUGGUGCUGCCAGCUGUGCUCACUCCGGUUUUCUGCUCAGGGUCUGAAGCAGCUGCUGUCUCCCUCUCCUCCCCCCAGCCCCUGACUCUGCCCUGGGCACCGUGCCAGUCCUCCAGUGGGGAGGGGACCGCUGGCUAACCCCGGGGCUAGGGAGCCCGAGGCCGGCCUCUGCCUCUCCCUGCCCCCAGCACAAUUGGCAGAGAUGAGGUGGGUGGCCAGAUGGUGGGGCUGCUGUGGCAGGGAUCUGCUCAGGGCCAUCUCCUGGCUGUGACCCUGUUGGUGGAGGGUCUGCAGCCUGGUCAUGGCCCCACAGCAGGUCCCUGUGUACAGACAUAUCUGCAUAUUUAUCAAUAAAGCCUUUUGCUCCUUCC